AUGACUCGGGGUAUUCAUCAUUCAUCUUAUGAAUUAGAGCGUAGUGAGUUAAACAUUCACUUUACCGGAGCAGGAUCUAUUGUACUUCUUGAUGGCGCGGCUACAAUAUUUGGUGCUCCUUUAAGGAGAAACGUCCGAUAUAACUUUGCCAAAUCCGGAAUACCAGUAGUUUGUCUAACCAAUUGCCGUCUACACAUAGAGGGAGAAUUUUCUGCAGUUGUUUCUGUACUUAACUCCGCUGCUAAUGAUGUACAUGCAGUGUUGGAUUUUGCUAGAGUAGAAGCUGCUUCCAAAAUUAGCAGCAGUAGUUCUAGUAAAAGUGUGGUCCAUGAAUCUCAUGAGGAACCUAUACAAGGUCCACGUGUACUAGUAGUUGGAGAUCAAAAUACUGGUAAGAGUAGUUUGUGUCGUAAUCUUGUAAAUUUGGCAACUACUGGGCAAACGUAUGGUGUUUCUCUUGUAGAUGUUGAUGUUGGUCAACAAAGUAUCAGUUGCCCUGGAAGUAUUGCUACAGCAUUCAUAGAAAAUUUUAUUCCUGUGGAUGAAGGAUUUAAUACCAUGGCACCGUUAACUUUUUUCUUUGGUGAUAAAACUGUUACUACAAGUUCACGAAAAAGAUACUUGGAUCUUUGUGCUAAAACUUCGCAAGCCAUUGCUUCAGUUGGUUUAUCAAAGCCAAAGUAUGCUAUUGGUGGAGUUAUAGUAAAUACGAUGGGAUGGACUACAGGUAUAGGACGGGAUAUUCUCUUUGAAUUGUUAUCUGUUUUCUCUAUUACCCAUGUUGUUAUUUGUGGGUCUGAUGGGGAUCUUGCAGAAGAUUUACGAGGAGCUACAAUUGGACAAAAUAUUACGAUUCUUUGUUAUCCAAAACAACCACGUAUGUUUCAACGUGGUGCCUCACAGCUAAGUGACUCACGUACAGAACAAUUAGUAACUUAUUUUCAAGGUACACUUCGAACCCCUCUGUCACCAUACCGAGGUGUUGCACUUGUGAAGGAUGUGCAAUUCGUUAAUGCACUAACGUUAGAAAUUAUUUCUUGGCAGGAAGUGAAACCUUUGAGUCUAGCAAGUGUGGUUUGGACUGAUUCUCUAGAGAAUAUUGAUGAAGCUAAUGUGGCUGGUUUUAUUGUUUUACUAGAGAUUGGAAGGAAGUUUUUCUCAUUCCUAUCUCCAGCUCCAGGAAGUCUUCCCAAACCUUUUCUACUUGUUUCACCCAUUAUUAAACUUCCGGGAUCUAAAGUUCCGCCUUUUUCUGCCGCUUCUUGA